CGCGUCACUGCGGUGGUGGGGAGAGAAACCCCUCUCUGCGCCGUCGGAGCUCGGGGAGAAGCGGCAGGGCUGGGAACGAUGGGAUUCUCUGGUGCCCCUGAAAAUGUUACUCGAGAGAGAAAGAUGAGAGCUAGCGGGAAGCAGGAGCCACCUAGUGAGCGGGUGGCGCGCCAGGGGCGUGCGAGGUUCCGAGGCCAGAAGCGGCCCGUGCGCUGUCACCUGCUGUGCGGGCUGCUGGCUCUGAGCAACGCGUCACGGACGCGCGCUGGCGGUGCUGAGCGUGCUGAGACCAUUACCUGCGUGCUGGCCGGGCUUCCUGCCUUCAAGGAUACACACACACAGGCUAGAGUCCAUCACUUCUGCAGGUUCUCAGUUCUCCACCCUGAUUGGGAAGGAACAACAUGGCAUAACAGGAUCUUACCGUGUGACCAAGAAGGACUCAUGCAGUUGUCCUGCUUCAGCGUUGAGUGGUGGAAAUUUCACGAGUGUUGUCAUUCACGCUCAGAGACGAUAUCCUAACUCUGCGAACUUCAUUCGGCGUGGCGAGAAAUUCCACACCUGCCGUAUGUGUCACUGUCUCAGCAGAUGGCACCACCCAGUCCCAGGAACAGUACCCCUAAUAGUAGCAGUGGGAGCAGCGGCAGCGAGCAGCUGAGCAAAACCAAUCUGUACAUCCGAGGACUGCAGCCGGGCACCACUGACCAGGACCUUGUCAAGCUCUGUCAGCCAUAUGGCAAGAUUGUCUCCACCAAGGCCAUCCUGGACAAGACCACUAGCAAAUGCAAAGGCUAUGGAUUUGUGGACUUUGACAGUCCCUCAGCGGCCCAGAAGGCUGUCACCGCGCUGAAAGCCAGUGGUGUGCAGGCACAAAUGGCAAAGCAACAGGAGCAAGACCCUACAAAUCUAUAUAUCUCAAACCUCCCUCUGUCGAUGGAUGAGCAGGAACUGGAGGGGAUGCUGAAGCCGUUUGGUCAGGUGAUUUCCACCCGAAUCCUUCGAGACACUAGUGGGACCAGCAGGGGAGUUGGCUUUGCAAGGAUGGAGUCCACAGAGAAGUGUGAAGCCGUCAUCACCCACUUUAACGGGAAGUAUAUCAAGACGCCCCCUGGCGUGGCAGCACCAUCUGACCCCCUGCUCUGCAAAUUUGCUGAUGGCGGGCCAAAGAAACGCCAGAACCAAGGAAAAUUUGUGCAAAAUGGACGGGCCUGGCCAAGGAACGGAGACAUGGGUGGUAUGGCCUUGACCUAUGACCCCACCACAGCUCUUCAGAAUGGGUUCUACCCAGCACCAUACAGCAUUGCCCACAGCAGGAUGCUCGCUCAGUCAGCGCUCUCCCCAUAUCUCCCAUCUCCUGUGUCCUCCUAUCAGAGAGUGACCCAGACAUCUCCUCUACAAGUUCCUAACCCAUCCUGGAUGCAACACCAGUCGUACCUCAUGCAGCCUUCAGGCUCAGUUCUUACACCAGGGAUGGACCACCCUCUUUCUCUCCAGCAUGCCUCCAUGAUGGGACCUCUUACCCAACAAUUGAGUCACCUGUCACUCAGCAGCCUGGGCACGUUCAUGCCAACGGCCGCUGCUAUGCAAGGAGCUUACAUCCCCCAGUACCCCCCUGUGCCUUCCUCCAAUGUUUCUGUCGAGGAGAGCAGUGGUCAGCAGAGUCAAGUCGCAGUGGAGACACCCACAGACCAUGGGGUCUUUCCUUUCCAGUUCAGCAAGUAAUGAGGCCCGGGCCUGAGAAAAGAAGACUGCAUGCCUGCCUUGGGCUAUUUUCCUGUUGAUGGAGCCUAGGGAACCAUGUCGCUCUUCGUAUGUGCUACAUCCAAGAUGAAACAACUUACACCGGCUGCCUCCCAUCUUCACAGAGGUUGGGGUAUGUUGGAAUUACUUAGGAAGGCUUGUCAAAUGAUUUCUUUAAAAAGAAAGUGCUGGAAAAUCGAUGAAGGAGCCCUGCUUGCCAAGUUUAGUUAUGGACUAUUUCUGAGGUGUCAUGUGUUUUAAAUAUGUGGACCUAAAAGUUUUUGUUUUGCAAAGCUCUCAGUUCACAGGGUCUCUGUGUAGCCCUGGCAGGCCGGCCUUGAACUCACAGGGAUCCUACCCACUCCUUCUCCUGAGUGCACCACUAUGCCUGGCUGCUGUUGUUUCCUUUUUUAACUUCUUGUCCAGAUUGUUCUUUUCCUCUUUUCCGUUCAGCUGAGCCUUGCGUGCUUUGCCUUUUUACAGUUUUUAAUUUUAUGAAUUUGCCUUAAAUUUCAUGUGGGACUGGAAAAAGGACAGUGGAGGUGGCUUUCCCUCUGCUCUGAAAAAGAGAUUGGAGUUUUGACUUUGGGAAGCAGACACGUGACAACCAAAUUUGGUGGCAAGUUCCAAAAGGAUGAUGACUACGACAGACAUGGGUCUGACUGGCGCCCAGCUUCAGGAAUGCCUGCUCUGCCUCCUGGAGGGUCUUCAUUCUAUCCCAGGUCUCACAGUCCCAUCCCUGCUGCUUGUGGCCUUGCUCAGUCCCUCUAAAUAUCCUUCCCCCAUGUGCAACUUCCGCCCCUAUGAGGUUGUUGCCGUGUCUAUCUUUGACAGUAUUUCCCUUCCUUCUGGAGUGGCUAAAUCCCCAGCCCAGCCCUGGACAGAGCCUUGUAAUGUUCAUCAGGAGUGGCAGCUGCACAUGGGUGUACUCAACAGUCUUUAAAGCUUAGAAAUUCAGCAGGAGCUGUCUCAGCAGGGCUCGCUCACAUGUGUAAGCCAAAUGCAGUCUGAAGGGCUAAAGGUGAGAACUGUUCACUGUGCUGGGCGUGCCUGAUAAAGGACCAAGCUAUUUGUGCAGUACCCUGCCCAGCCCUGGAGUGUUUGGACCCCUUCCCCCAGGGAACCAGAACACCAGAAAUCAUUUUCCUUCUUGUGGAGGGACAACAGGGUGCUAGGGUAGGAAAAGGCAAUACAUCAGCUCCUUACCGCAGGAGAGACCUUGAAAUGUGUGUCUUUUAACUGUCAAAUCCAGGUUUACCUCCUAGACAAUCAAAGUAAUGGAGAGCGAAGUGUGUUCAGAGGCUUGUGUAGGGAAGGAAGGGUUGACCGUGGUGGUGGAAAGGCACUGGCUUACAGGCGCAGCAGCUGUACACACUGCAGAACUGGGAAUCCUGGUCUGAUUGUACUUCAGUGCAUUCUAGGAAUAAAGGGCUCAUGGCAGUGGUGAGCAUAGUAUGGGCUAGAGAUGGCUCAGAGGUUGGGAGCACUGGCUACACUUCCAUAGGUCACGUGUGAUUUGGUGCCCUCUUCUGGCCUACAAUCAUACAUGCAGGCAGAACACUGUAAACCUAAGUAAAAAGAAUAAAAUUACCAGAUUUUUUCCACUGGUGCUUCCAACCUCAGGAAGGUCAGCUAUAUCCAGUUAAAGCCCUCAGUGACAGAACACUAAGAAGGUAGCUUUCUUGUUAGUGAUCUUUAAGGAAAACCAAACCAAACCAAGCCCAGAACUCUACUGAGUGGACUGUUUGGAAGCUCUGCUGAUAGCCAGGGCCAGGGUCCUGUUGUCACCACUGCCCUGUCACUACCUCUUAAAACUUGUUUCUUUUUCUGCAGCUCUAAAAGCAACUUGAACGGCUUAUGGUUUUAAAAUUUUAAAUUACCUUCUGAGGUUUUCCUCUGUGAGUACUGUUUAGCUUCCAGUGUUUCUGGUUGAGCAGGUACAAGCAUGGGAAAUGAGGGUAACCUAUAAUUUUUUUUAUAGUGGUUAUUGGCACUGUGUAAUUCUGCUUAGUGAUUGCCACCCUCUCUUGUUGGCUCACUACUCAGUAGUGACUGGGGACAGGAAAGAAGGAUGUGGGCUGUAGAGGGAUGGUCCACAGGACACAGCUUCACAGGAAGCACCCCACCACAAUACCCAAGGCUCUCAACACCAUACCCAGUGCUUCCUGAAUCCUGCCGGCAUGGAGGUCAGACCUUUGUCUUUACAUCUCACCCUCAAAUUGUUUCCAGUUAGAAUAUACUCGAGUCCUAGGAUGGUGUCAUCCUUUACCAGGCUCCAGGCUUGGGGGCCAGGCUGUAGAUGGACUGGCCUUUAGGACACUGUGGGGACAAUGACGAGGAGAGAUUCUUGAGUGUUUUUAAGCCAAGGAUUUGAAGAACUGCCCAGCCUGUGAAGUUAGGUGCCUCUGAAGAGGGAACAGCUCUUGUCAGUAAUAAAGAUGGGCAGUUUGUUGUUCCUGCUGUCCUUCCCUCCCAGAAAUGCUCCCACCGUGUCAGAACUGCAUUCACUGAAGGCUGGUGAAGCCUUCUUAGCCAAGAGCAAUACAGUUGAGUCAGGUCCAAACUUACCCCAGCCUUUUCCAGACCUGAACUCAGAGAGCAGGACCGGUCUCAUAAACAAGUUGGUCUAUACAGGCAAAUCAAAUCUGUGCCUUGUCACAUGGUUCUUCCCAGUUCCUUUGUGAACCAAGCACUCCACUUCUGAGCAGCCUGACCUUUCAAAGUGCCUGUACACAUUAGAAGUCCCGAAGUUGACAGGCUGCAGCAGAGCCUCUCCUCGGCAGCUAAAACCCCUGGAUGCCUCUUCUGCUCCAUGCUGACCCUUGCUGAAGGUGGUCUCCAUGUGGCAGUGACCAGAAAGAUCAAUGCCCUCAUCACCCUUGUGACUGUGGCUCUCGGACUGGCAUCUGCUCGUUCAACUCCUGUUCUUCCUCAACUACCUCAGUCUCACAGUUCAGCUCAGGCACAGCACCUGCUUCCUAACCCUUCACCACCCUGUCUUUGAAACAAAGCAAACUCUUCAGUUCAAGAGCCGAAACUGCCUUCUGGACUGUCUUCCCUUCCCUAGUGUGAGCGUGAGCGCUCCAGAUCGGUCCCUGUAUGACGAGCCAGGGCCUAGGCUGUGCAGUGACCACCUUGGGCAAAUUACUAGUUACUCCAGGAACACCAGCUUUGGAGCAGACUUAAGACCUUGGAGAAUAAGAGAAUAGACUGGAGGCUGCCACAGAGCUGAGAGGACCAGAAUGGACGUCUCUGCUCCUGCCCCUCCCUGGGGCAGGUGACAACUCUACUGGGUGCACUUAUCGCCCUGGAGAGGAAGUUUAAUUUAUACUUAAAACACAUUUUGUACAUUUCCCCUUUACCCAGAGACCUGUAGUUCACACCCUCCCGUCUGCAGUGCUACCUCUCGCCCGCUCUCCUCGGCUCACUUCUGACAUCCCUCCCCUGAAAUUUGGAAGAGCUUUACUUUCGCUAACUUCAAUCUUUUUUCUUUUUUAAAAUAAAACACAAAAGUCGG